AUGGCUACUUUAAGUAUUUUAAAUUAUAAUUUACCGCCUGGCUUAAUCAUGAAGGUUAAUAAGAAUGGCCAACAAAUGUCAAGUACAAUCAUCAAUGCAAGUAAUUCUCUGAGUAAAACUUUUAAUAAAAUAAUUGUGCAAAAUGUAUUAAGUGAGAGUAAUAGCAAUUCAUCGUCGGGUGAAUCGAAGCCAAGUCCAAAUGCCAUUGUGCGUAAAAUCAAAGAUUUCGGUAUGAUAGGUUCGGUGAAUAAUGCAUUGGGAGCUAUAAGCUUGAAUGUAAAUGUACAUAAGAGAAGUUUAGAAGAAACAAAAUCUAUUCGAAAUCAAAGCAAACCGUUAGGGAAAUUAAGUCCCAGUAUAUCGAAAAAGCCUAAAUUAACUAAAGAAGAGAAAGCAGCUUUGAAAGCAGUUAAAAAAUCGGCUAAGGAAAAUUCAUUGGCUUUAGCAAAAUUAGGAUCGAAUGGUAUGAUAACAAUUAAACCUCCAGGUACACCAGGCCGAAAAGGUUUACCUUUACCUCAAGCGGUCGCGCGACGAAACGCCCGUGAACGCAAUCGUGUUAAACAAGUAAACAAUGGCUUUGCAGCAUUACGCGAACGCAUUCCUGAUGAAGUGGCUGAAGCAUUCGAGACGCAAAGCAACAGUCGCAGCUCGGGGAAAAAGCUUAGCAAAGUGGAAACACUACGUAUGGCUGUGGAAUAUAUACGAGGACUAGAACGUUUAUUGGGUUUUGAUUUUCCAAGAAAUAAUGAACAAAAUCGCUCAUCAUCGAGCGGCGAAGAUAGCUUUACAAUAAUAAAGGAUGAAUUUGAGGCCAUGUCACCCAUGUUAGAUGAACCAUUCGAUGAUUCGCUUAGUUAUUAUGAAGGAGACGAAUAUUUGCAUAAUACUCAGCAACUAUUAUCACCAACUAUCACCAGUCAAGCUGAUGUCUUACCCAGUAUUACCACGUUAAACGGUUUACAAUAUAUAAGGAUUCCCGGCACGAAUACUUAUCAAUUGAUAACUGCUGAUGUAUUUGCAAGCAGAAUUCAAUCGCCACAAAAUUCAAGUAUUGAUGACGAGCAGCAUUUUGGUGCCUUAAUUGACACUAAUUGCCUAAGUCCGAAUAACCCAGGGGCUAUAACCACAGCUGAUCUGCAUUCUGCAUCGCCGUCAUCAAUUAAAGUAAAUGAUGGCGCAUGUGCAGCACCUGCCACAACGUCUGUUAGCGAUAAGUGCCAUGUAAACGAAGGGACAUCUCCCUCCAAAUACAAUAACUUAUUAAUAACGCCCGUGCCUGUAUCGCAAAUGCAAGCAACCUUAUCAGCUACGACUGCAAAUGCAAGUUCAUCAUUACAUCGAGCAACAACAAAAACAAUAACAAGAACAGCAACACCAGUAACAAUAACAGCUCAACCACCAGAAUUAUCACCUGCCGCUAAUGAACAACAACUUUGCUUAAGACAAGCGUGUGCCGGCAAUCAACAGUCUCAGCAAACAUUUAUGCAACCACCAGCCACAAUUCGUAUGACGCACAUAAUUAAACAGGAAUACAAUGAUGCUCCUACACUACCAACACUAACAAAUACUGCUAUCAGUCCUAAUAGUAGUGCGUUAAUCUAUCAAACAUCAAAUUCUCAACAUCAUCAACAACAACAAUUAUAUUUAAGUCCAGGAACGCUCUCAAUAUCUCCACCCGUAGAUCAUGCCACAAUCAAUCCGUCAGCUUCCAAUGUCCAUGAUCUUCCAUCAUUCUAUAGUAACGAACCAAGCAAUUCUUUUUACGAAGAGGUAAUCACUCUAAAGAAAGAGCUUACCGAAGUCCUUCUGGAUUCCACGCAUAACAAUCCAAUCUUAUCGGAUGAGAGCAUGAUUGAUAAUAUCGAUUGGUGGGAAGCUGAUACACCCAAAUCGGACGCAGAUUCAAAUACAAUUUACAAGAAUCAUCAUCAUCACUUUUCAUGA